GUGAAUAUGACAUGGUGACGUUGCUGUUUAGCGACAUAGUUAGCUUUACAAAUAUAUGUUCCCAAUGCCGUCCAAUUGAUAUUGUUAAUAUGUUGAACGCGCUGUACACGCGAUUCGACAGACUCACGUCUGUACAUGAUGUAUACAAGGUUGAGACUAUUGGGGAUGCGUACAUGGUUGUAGGCGGUCUACCCCUUCCAAUCAAAACGCACGCUGCUCGUAUUGCCAACAUGGCGCUUGGCAUGAUGAUAAUAUCAAAGGAGGUCAUUUCACCGAUUACGAAUGAGCCUAUUGGG